AUAUUUAUCACUGUCAGUUUGCGGUUUUCAAGCAGCAUCAUUGCGAAAAAUUGCAAUCUGUGACAAAAUUGUCCAUUAAACUGCAGAAAAAUCGUUUAAAUUAAAUCAAAAAUCGUACUUUGCACGGUGCCACAUUCUGUCUAACAAGAUGUCCGACAGGGAGGAACUGGUAAAACAAUUUUCCGACGUAACGGGAGUGUCCGAAGAUCGGGCCAAAUUCUAUCUAGAGGCAGCCAAUGGAGAACUGCAGGUUGCCCUGUCCAGUUUUUACGAGGGUGAUAACGAGGGCGAGCGAUCCGCUCCUGUUGUUUUAGAUGAUGAUUCAGACGACGAUAACGUGCCCAUGGAUUCGGUCCAUCUAUCUCGCUCGGAUGUCAAACCAAAAGCUAAGAAAGCCCCUCAAUCGUCCAACUUUGCUACACUAGCAUCUCUGAACGAUUCCUCUUCGGAUGAUGAAGAGGAGCAAGGGCAGGCGUUUUACGCAGGCGGGUCGGAACGUUCCGGUCAACAGGUACUAGGACCUCCGAAAAAGAAUCCGAUCAAGGAUUAUGUAUCGGAAAUAUUCCGAUCAGCCCAGCAGAAUAAUUUGGAAACUUUCGAAGGAGAAGCAAGCCCAAGCUCGAGUUCUUCGCUGUAUGCAGGAACUGGUUAUAGGCUGGGUCAAACCGACAAUGAUCAUCAGGCCAUCCCGGAGAGGCAGCGUGCAUCCGGUAGAGAUACCGAUCAUAAUCAUGAAGUCGUAACGUUGACCUUGUGGCGUCAGGGCUUCUCGAUCAACGAUGGGGAACUACGUCGUUAUGAGGAUGCGGCUAAUAAGGAAUUUUUUGAGUCUAUUAUGCGUGGAGAAAUACCGGCUGAGUUGCGCUCAAAGGGUCCAACGAUGAUUCAUCUAGAUCUGAAGGAUAACCGCCAUGAAGAUUAUGUCAAACGGUCCGCUCCAUUUAAGGCGUUUGCAGGUAGUGGUCAAUCGCUUGGCAGUCCGGCACCGAAUUUGGUGCUAACUAACCCUUCAACUUCGGUGGGAAAUAAUGAGGACAACGAAAAGAAGGCUGCAUCUGGUUUGCCAGUGGACGAGAGUCAACCGACGACCAAUCUGCAGAUCCGCUUGGCGGAUGGAUCUCGUUUAUCGGCUCGGUUCAACCAAAGUCAUACGAUCGACAAUGUUCGGCAAUACAUAACAAAUGCACGUCCGCAAUACGCAACACAGAGCUUCGCUCUGAUGACGACAUUCCCCCCUAAGGAACUUGGCGAUGGUUCCCAGAGCUUGAAAGACGCUGGACUAUUGAAUGCUGCGAUAAUGCAGCGAAUGAAGUAGUAGACAUUUAUUGUCAAAGGUAAGCUUCGGAUAUCUCAGUUGCAGUACCACUCUAGGAGAGAACAUCGGUGUUGUAUUUUUUGUUUGAAUUUGAGGUGAAAGCGGAAAGCGAUUGUUUGGACUGAGGAUGUGGAAAUCAAUAUAAUUUUUUCUUAAGUUAUGUCAUGGUAUGUGCCUAAAAGGUCCCAGUAAUAUUCACUUAUUCUUUCUGCAGUUUGAUAUAGUAGAUGUUUUCAUCAUCAAAAACACGUGUGGGAAUCUGUUUGGAUAAGUGAUUCACACUAUUCAAAUACCGAAUAAUUUUAAUGGAAUAGUACUGUCUUACAUAAAA